UGUUUUCGCACACUGCAUAUAUAUUACUUAGUAAAAAAUAUCUGCAAUUAUCAACUCAUAUUGAAAGUGAUUUAAGAACCAUUAGCCUAUACUGUAUUCAAAAGUAAAGUUUCGGAAGCCCUGUGGAAAUAAGCGUCGCCUCGCAAGCGUUGAAAACUUUUGUAACACAACUGACUAAUAUGAACUUUAUCUAGUUGCAAUAAGGUUAACGACCGGUCAGUUUAGUUCAUAGUUAAGAGGCUGGGCGGCGCGCAGCCCUCCGCGCAUUCUCCUAGGGCGGAAAACCUCGCCAGCCUCAUUCAGUCGCUGACAGCGCCCGUGCACGCCGCGAUACCCGCGUACCACUCCAUCGAUCCAUGCACAUACCGAAAACAUUAUAUUAAAGUGUAGUGUAGUGUCACAGCCACAAUGUCUUUCGACCACGACGAACUGCGGGACGAAUAUCCAGAUGGCACGGUGCGGCUACGGAACCCCAACAUCGAGCUCAUGGACCAGGACAUCCUGUACCACCUGGCGCUCGGCAGCGGCUCGCACGAUCUCGUCGAGAUGUUCGGCGACGUUAAGUUCGUCUGCAUGGGAGGCACGCCGAAGCGCAUGGAGCAGUUCGCGUACCACAUAAUGGCGGAGAUCGGCCACAAGCUGCCGUGCGGCACCACUCUGCAGGACAUCAGCCAGUUCUCCUACCGCUACUCCAUGUUCAAAGUGGGGCCCGUGCUGUCUAUCAGUCACGGCAUGGGCAUCCCAUCAGUGGGCAUCCUCCUCCACGAGGUGAUCAAGCUGAUGUACCACGCCAAAGUCCGGGACCCGGUGUUCUUCAGGAUCGGAACUUGCGGCGGCGUCGGCUAUGAGGGCGGCACCGUCAUCAUCUCUGAUGAAGCUGUCGAUGGCGCCCUCAAGAACGCUUUGGAACUGACAGUGUUAGGCAACACGGUGUCGCGGCCGGCAAAGCUGGACCGUCGGCUGGCGCGCGAGCUGCGAGCGCUGGCCGACCCCGAGGACCCGUACGACACCGUCACCGGCAAGACCAUGUGCACCUACGACUUCUACGAGGGUCAAGGGCGGCUUGACGGCGCAUUCUGCGACUUUACCGAAGCAGAUAAGAUGGAGUAUCUAGAGCGACUGCACAAAGCUGGUGUUGUGAACAUCGAGAUGGAGUCGCUCGCGUUCGCGGCGCUCACACACCACGCCGGCAUCAAGGCGGCCGUCGUGUGCGUCACGCUGCUCGACCGGCUGAAGGGCGACCAGGUACUAGCUCCGAAGGAAGUUUUGGAUGAGUGGCAACAGAGGCCGACGAAGCUUGUCUGCCGCUACAUAAAAAGGUAUCUGCAGAUGAAGGGGCGCCUGUCGCUGGACGGGCACGGCUCGGUGGCCGUCAAGAGCCCGCGCCGCUUCAAGCUCGUGCAGCAGGAGUCCGAGACCUACGACUAGGCUGCUAGCGGGCACUCCUCAGCCGGUAACGCGGCCCACUAAGCGGCGCCUGCGUUAACAUAACUAGGGCACUCAUCGGCCCAUCGCCAUGUUUUACGGCACAGGAAACUAAACUAACACAACAUAAGCCGCAAAGAACUUUGCUGGCCGCUUAUCGAGGACCUCAGUAGCCACACUUUAUCCAAAUUUAGAUGGAGCAAACUGGCAGCAUUCUAAAAAUAAUGUUUUUAAUAAAAUAUAAUGUUUUAGAAAAAGUACAAGAUUGUACGAUAACGCUGUAAUCUCAUUAAAUACAUGUUCGUAAACAUCAGUCUGCGUGCAACUAUACAAGAGAGAGCGGACAAGCCGCGCAGUUUCAGAAUGAAUGUUUAGAACUGUUGCUCUGAGUAGUUCAGUUUUCUGUGGUCGUCUGACAUAUCUGGGACGCCAGCGACAUCUUGCAUAUAUGCUAAUGUAAUGGUGCCAACUGUGACGUGUGCGCCAAUAUGUAAGGCACUAAGCUCCACAGACUAAAUGGAAAUACUGCUUUAAUUCUCUUAUAUAUCUAUCUAUCUCUAUAAAACUCAAUUCUUUUUAGUUGAAAUCAAAGAUGUACGCUUUGAAAUGUCGGGCUAAAUUAGAAGCAUAAAAGAAUGCCCUUCACGGUUCUUAACCAGUUUUUACAUUCCCUUUACUAUAGACAGUUGUGGAUUAUGAGAUUACAUAUGGUAUCCCGGUUCGUUUGUUACUUUUUGUUUAUUAAAAAUGGCCAUGGCACGAUUAUAUAUUAAGUAUAUAUUCUUGUAUGCAAUAUCGAAAAGUUCUGGUCUGAAAGUGACAAAGCUUCGCGAAAGUUAGAGGAUGAUAGAAUUAUCGCUUCGGCUUCGAAUCGCAUAUUAUAUAUCAUUGGCCACAAGCGAGGAGUUGGCAGCCCAUGUUUGGAGUUCGAAGCGAAUGCGUCGAUCGUCUUUGCUAAAGUCUUAUUUUUUUCUUCCGUAGACUAAAAUGACAUUUCAUGUGUUGCUAGUUUUUUACGCCUAGUGAUGUCCUACAACCGGUAGUAACCGAAAAUAAACUAUUGGGAGUUACUUAUAUAGGCAUGUAACACCAUUUUGAGGCAUUUCGAAAGUUUGUAUCCAGGUCUAUACACAAUAUUUCUAAUAUUUAAAAGCGAUUUUAUUGUAAGAUCAGAACAGAGAAGAACAGUCACCUCGAAGCUCAUAAUGCAAUUUUUAAAUGUUUGAGUGGAUUAGUAGUAAGUAGAUUUUAUUUAUUGUUUACUUCCUAUCAUAUCAUUUCAUUCAUUGUUUAUUUUGAAUCUAAAAUUAAUUUUAUAUUUAUCAGUUAUUCACAAACCGAGAUCAAAGAUCAGCACUAUUUGAUUUAAGCUGGUCACAUUAUUUCUACGUUUGACAUUUGUGGUUGUCAUUUUAGUCUACGGAAUAAAAAAACAGACUUUAUUACUAAAUUAUAUGUCUGUCACUGCCAUCUUCGUUAGCUAACUAUGUAUCAAAAUCAGACAUCUAUAUGUACAGUCAACUAAUUUGAAUCCUAGGCCACUAUAGAACCUUGUCGCUUUAACUACUGUAUACAUGACAUGCAUCACUCAAUAAGCACUGUCGUAGAAGUCAUUAUGACAUAGUUCUAUAGUGGCCUAGGAAUCAAAUUGGUCGACCGUACGUAUAGAAGAAUUGAACAUUUUAUUUAAUUCGUUUUAAUUAAAUAAUCUAUCUUUCACUUGUAUUAGUUAUAUGAAAAGUGUAAUUGUUUAUAGCUAAGUAAUCACGGCAAAUUAGUUUGUGUACCUAGUUAUGUAUUAUGUAUGUAUGUGCUAUGUUGUACUAGCUACUUUUUAUUAUCCACGUAUUGUAGGGAGCGGAUACAACAAUAAAGUCUUAAUAUUACUGCCAAAUUAUUGAUAUUUAUAUAUUCUUACUUUUUAUAAUUAAAACUUUGUCUUAUCUACCCUACAUAUAUGUGUAAAGUUGGCCUCAAAUGUUGACAUUUUAUAAUUGACAUAUUUGAAUUUGGCGUAUUACAGUUGUAUUGAUGAUAAUUCUUAUAUUUAUAUUAAACUAUUUAAUUUUUCGAGUCGUGUUAAAUUACGUAUAUAAAACUCGCACCUAAAAGAAGUUAUUGUUGAAGUCUACACUCGAGAACUAUUUCGGACUAUCUAUAGCUAAAAACAGAAGGUACCUAUUGCGAGACAGUACAAAAGUGUUCAAUAAUUUGACACUGUAUGUAUUUACAAAAUGUAUUUCAAAUAUUCAUUCAAACACUUUUUUAUUUACAACAAUCUUAAGAAACACAUAUCGUCAUUUACUCAAUGACUUUUAUAUCGUUUACCUUUGGACUUAAGUGACUUAGAUUUUCUAACGUAUAACGUGAAAGUGAUUCAUCGCAAAUCAAAUCAAGGGAAGUAGUAGCGACAUAUCAGCUGCAUUAGAACUAUUUUGGAUUUAUCGGGUUAUAAAAUUUACUUAUUUUUAAAUGCGAAACAUUCCCAUGUUUUUUUUUUUGUCGAUUUACCUACACGUGUGUGUGUUGGACUACAAAUGAUUUUCUUUUGGCAAGUUUGCAUGCAUAAUUUUUAUUCCCAGUGUAUCUUGUAUUACCUUUGUAUUUUAUUUUAAGUAGGUUAAUCUGUUGAUAACCAUUUCUAGUGUGAAUAUCUCGCUAAGCCCAAUGUGCAUACAAAGAACGCUCCGUUUCAAUACUUUCAAUGUAGUUUAAACCUUUCACAAAAGGAACAAAGAAGCGUUUCUUUUGUUUCAUCAAUUUUUGAGCCAAAUAUAAGUAUUCAAACCCAAAAUACUGUACUAAUAAAAAAAAAGUAAGGUUCAAAUAAAUACGGUAAGUUAAAUAGCCCGCCGCCGUUACUCUGAGACGCACCGAACAUUGACUUUGUUCCGAAAUAAUAGUUAAAUAUACCAGAGCCUCGUAACUUAGCAUUAAAUCGGCGUAUGUGUGUAUGGGCGGCUAAGCUAUAUAGUAGAUAAACGUUAUUCAAAAGUUCAAUACAGAUUUUAUGCGCUUCCAAUUAAAUAAAUUGUUACAUGCGAUCAUGCACAAAAUGUUGGCAGAUGAUUGUUUCAAAUAUAUCGGUAGAUGAGAGCGAAUAUUUUUUAUUUAUAUUAACCCGAUUGUAAGUUAUAAUAAAAUUUUAAUAUUCAUCGAAUUGAGAGUGUUAUCGGUAAUUGUUAUAGUAUAAAAUAAUCGAAAUGUAACUAGGCUAUAAGAAUAAUAUGCUACGGAAAUGGUAACUCGAAAAUUGCACCAAUAUUCAUUAGAGUUACUAGGAUGUACCUAUAGUUAAUCACUGUACGAGUAGCUUUGGGGUUGUUAAGUAGCUUUGUAUAAACGAAAUGAAACUGCGUAAUUUAACGUCAAGGGAUUUUAACUCCAAUGUUGACGUUGGUUUGUUUUAUGACAUCUUCAACUCACCCUAAGCUAUUAAGUAACAAACUAUGAUAAUUGACUGCGUUUUGAGAAAUUAUAACUAUUGUAGUAUAAGUCAAACAUCGCGUAGUGCAUUGUUGGCCGAAAAUUAAUUAGAAUUGACCUAUAACCAUUACAAAUUGAACCGCAAACCGUAACGGACGUAUACAGUAUACGGUUCAAUUUAUAAUGGUUAAUGGUCAAUUCUAAUUAACGUUUGGCCAACACUGACGUAGUGCGAUGAAAACCUUCACAAUUACGCUUAGAACGCACUGAGAUUAAUUUCUUGCGGUUUCAGUCUUGCAAGUGCGUGCGCUUAUAAAGCAUGCCGAACGUUACACUUUUUGCGGUUUUGAAACCGCAAGAAAUUAAUCGCAGUAUAUAUAAUUAAAAUUAUAAUAAUUAUAAUAGCUCAAAAUGUCACGUACUUAAGCUCAUUGUUUGUGAACUGUUAGAGUAAAUGCAUUGCUAUAUUCGGUGUUAACGUUAAUCGGUUUAUGAAGUUAAUCGCGUAGAUGAUAUGUUGUUGGAUUGGUUAUUUAGGAGGUUGUUCUCAGUAGUUACUAUUACCACCUACCGCCACUGAUGAAUUGAUGAUGGGGCUCUAGCUAUCAAAUAUACAUUGAUUGAACAAGAUGUGUACAAUCUAAGGCAAUUUCGUGCUUCUGACAGGUAAACGAGACGGCGCUGUACAGCUCCAUUUUUCGGUAACUCUGAUUGUCCACCAAACCACAAAACAUAUGGCACAGUACAGCGCCAACUGUUUUAGAUGUGAAACUAAGGGCAACGUUUUUUUCUUAGAUUUUCUAUUACAAUCAAUUCUCUUUGCUGGCUAUUUACCGUUGGCAGGGGCCAUUUUAGGAAACGCUACUAUAUGAGUAUCAGUUAUCAAAGAGCGUGUGUACGGUUGAGUGUGAAAGGGUGCAUUAUUAAAAUACGAACGCAUUCAGGUUAUACUUGCAUUGUCAAUUGUCAUCCAUAAGCGCUGGUGGCUUAACGGUAAGAGAUUUCGCGGGUUCUAACGAGUUUUUCGGAACUUAUGUACGAAAUAUCAUUUGAAAUUUACCAGUCGUUUUUCGGUGAAGGAAGACAUCGUGAGAAAACCGGACUCAUCCCAAUAAGGCCUAGUUUAUCCUCUGGGUUGAAAGGUCAGAUGGGAGUCGCAAUUCUCGGGAUUCCUUGCCAAGCAGACCCCAGGCUCCCAUGAGCCGUGGCAAAAUGCCGGGACAACUUGAGGAAGAAGAGAGAGUCAAUUGUCACAUAACUAAUGCCAUAGCACUUGGUUAUAUAUGUGGCAUACGCUUGAAUCAAGACGAACACAGGUGUGGACAGGCUUUACACGAAGACGUAACUCCACACCGACAAAAAAUACUCAAUAAAUACACAAAAACAAUAUGAUGCUAGUAAACAAAUAGUAGCGUAUUAGAAAAUGAGUCCCAGUGGUGAUAACUACUGAGAAUAAUCUAUUUAGGUUAAGGCUUAUGGACCUAAGUUGCCGGCGAAGCUGCGGACACGCCGUAUACAAACAGUUUAGUAAUAUAAGGCUCUUAUAUCCGUGAUAUCGGACCCCUGAGCCGUUUAAGGGCUUUAAUGGAUCCCUUUGUGGGAUAUUAUUUAAAUUAGUGUUCGUGCAUUACAAAUUGAAGUACUGUACUAAGUUUUCUCAUUUUUGCAUGAAAAUACUACUUAAUAGUGUCAACUUACUGCGGUCAUCUAAUUAUUAUUUGUUUUUGUUAGAGGAAUUGAGUCUUGAAACUAACACACCUGGGCGCGAAAUUUAACAAAUUAUAAAGUACUUACCUACUAAAAUUAUUGUGUUAGCUGUUCAGGAAAGUUAAAAAAAAACUUCUCUAUUAUUAAUGACCUCAUGUCAUACUCGAUUAGUUUUUAUUUUAUUUUUGAACCUAGAUAUUAAAUCUUGGUACAGGCGAGUCCAUGAAUGUGAAUGUAUCUUUUAGGUAUUCUUGAAGAAAAAAGAAUAACUACCUAAAUUUAUAUUUCAUUACAUAUUAUCAUGAGCUUGACUGUACAAUGAUCAUUGUCUAUCUAUCAGCUGAUUUUGCCAGCUAAAUAGUAUUUAAUGAAAACCUUUAAGCUCAUUUUUGUAAGCUUGUCACUAAUCCUACCAUACCUAAACAUAAAUUAAUUUGACUAGAAUAACUUACCUACCUAAGUAUGAUUAUUUAUCGUAUUAAUAAAUUUAAUUUCGUCUCCCUA